UUUUCUUUAAAGGAAACACACAGACACACACACAAACCCAAAAUCAAUACACAACAACCAUUAAUGGCUUUAACCAAAGAAAAGAUGUACCAAACAACAGAUUACAUGUCUUUGUGCAGCUUCCCCCACAUUUAGGGAUGGGUAUCGUUUAGGGCUGAAUGACAUAUUGCAUUUGCGAUAAUAUCGCGAUAUGAUCAAGUGCAAUUUUCUAACCGCAAAGGCUGCGAUUAUACUCUGUUUACGUGACAUGCGCGAGUAAAACAUGUGAUAUGAUCAAACAAGAUUGUCUAACCACAGAGGCUGCACUCUGGUCACGUGACACGGGGAGCAAAGUUUUGAAACAGUCUACCGAGAGUGAACUAGCAAGCAAAGCUGUAGCCUACACAAUGGCCUCAGGUUCAACAGAACCAGAGCCUGCGGGGAUGCUAGUACCAAAGAGGAACUGCACAUCAGCUGUGUGGGAAUAUUUUGGGUUUAAAAGAGAUGAUGUCGCACAGAGUCAGGUACUGUGUAAAACCUGUCUUGGUAGGGUUUCUACAUCUCGGGGAAACACUACGAAUUUGUACCAGCACCUUAAGACUCAGUACAAAACAGAGUAUGAUAGAUGUAUGGCAAAAAAAUCUAGUAGUGUGCAGAAUAAACCUAGUAACGUUACUCGGCAAGGAUCACUGACCGAACUGUUUGAAGGUGUUACGCCAUAUGAACGCACUUCAAAACGGCACGUGGAAAUCACCAAAGCAGUAACCCACUGCAUCGCGAAAGACAUGAUGCCCGUCAAUACGGUGACCAAGCCUGGGUUCAAUAAUUUGGUAACUACACUGGAUAAGAGGUACAGAAUGCCCUCCCGCACGUAUUUCAGUCAGACUGCAAUACCCGAGCUACAUAUGCAAUGUAGGCGGAGGGUUGCAGCGGAGUUAAAGGCUGUUGAGUUUUUUGCGGCGACCACAGACAUGUGGUCAAGCCGUACAGCAGAGCCCUAUCAAAGUCUGACGGUGCAUUACAUUACCGAAGACCUCCACCUCGAUGCUCGCAGCCUACAAACGGCCUACUUCCCCGAAGACCACACAGGGGAAAACAUUGCUGCUGGCCUGAGAGAGGGGCUUGCGUGUUGGGAUCUCCCUGAAGACAACCUUGUCUGCAUAACGACGGACAACGCGUCAAAUAUGGUGAAAGCAGCACAGCUGAACGAAUGGACCAGGCUCCAGUGUUUCGGACACAGAUUACAUCUUGCUAUUGCUUCCUGAGCACUCUCUCAUUAC